CGGCCGGGUGCCCUUUCUCCCAUUUCUUUACGUCUCCUGCGUAGCACGGGAAUUUCAGGGAAGAAGACGAGCGCAUUCUAUUGGGGACAGAAAUGACACUAAAGAGCGACGAAUUCAAGAUCGCCAGAAGAGACCCGGCACGGUUCGGUCCUCUCCAGCCUCAGCACCCAAGGCCGGUGGGCGACCCAGCCCGGCCCACCCGGACAGCGGGGGGGCCCCCACCUGCUCCGGGGGAAGCGGCGGCCACCUCUCCACGUGGCCCCGGGCCAGAUGGACCUGGACGCGCCUGGUUUCCCGGUCCUGUUACGCAACAACUUUGCGGCCGUCAUCUUCGCCCUAAUUGUGCAGGGGGCGGUGUUUACGCGCUGAGCUUUCCUCCCCGCUCCAGGCCGUCGCGGCUCUCGGGAGAAGCGCCGGGGCAUUUCCACCGUGGCCUUCGCCGCGCGGCACGGCGCAGCGCCCACCGGCCGUCCCGACCCCGUCCCCGCCGCUCGCCAGCCGCCACCCCCGACUGUCCCUCCCGCCGCCACCCCAGGUGCCGGGGUCCUCUCGGGAGCGUGUGGAGGACGGAGGCCGAGGUCCCGGCCACGCCCGGUCGCCGCAGCCCGMGCCCGGGCCGGCGCUCUGCCUGCCACAGAUCACCAGGAAGACCCUACUCUGUUCAAUAAGAGGAGCCUGGCAGGUGAAUCUCCGACAGCAGGACAAGAGUAUUGAUGGAUCUGAAGCCAGUUCCCAAAGCCGUUCAGAAUCCUGGGGAAAUCACUUGUUCUUCUCUGCAUUUAUAGGGUCAGGUUGUUUCUGAUGCAGUUGAGAAAAAUGCAGACCAUCAAAAAGGAGCAGGCAUCUCUGGAUACCUCCAGCCCCGGGGACAAAGGGAUGGCACUCAGUUCUGCCUUAACCGAAGCCGCCACGGAGGACCUGGCCACAGGCGAAGAGCUACUUCUGAACGAAGGCAGCGUGGGGAAAAACAAGUCUUCCGCCUGCCGGAGGAAACGGGAAUUCAUUCCCGAUGAGAAGAAGGAUGCCAUGUACUGGGAAAAAAGGCGGAAAAACAAUGAAGCGGCCAAAAGGUCCCGGGAGAAGCGCCGGCUGAAUGACCUGGUUUUGGAGAACAAACUCAUUGCGCUGGGAGAAGAAAACGCCACUUUGAAAGCAGAACUGCUUUCCCUGAAAUUAAAGUUUGGUUUAAUCAGCUCCACGGCGUAUGCCCAGGAGAUCCAGAAACUCAGCAAUUCUCCAGCCGUGUACUUUCAGGACUACCAGACUUCCAAGGCCACCGUGGGCUCCUUUGUGGACGAGCACGAAGCCUCCAUCGUGUCCAGCAGCUGCAUCUCUGUCAUUAAGCACUCCCCGCAGAGCUCUCUGUCCGACGUGUCCGAGGUGUCCUCCGUGGAGCACACGCAGGAGAGUCCUGGGCAGGGCAGCUGCAGAAGUCCUGAGAACAAGUUCCACGUCAUCAAGCAGGAGCCCGUGGAGCUCGACAGCUAUGCCAGGGAGCCCAGGGACGACCGGGGCUCCUAUGCCGCCUCCAUCUACCAGAACUACCUGGGCAGCUCUUUCUCUGGCUACUCACACUCUCCACCUCUCCUGCAAGUCAACAGGUCCUCCAGCAACUCUCCCAGAACCUCAGAAACCGACGACGGUGUCGUGGGCAAGUCCUCCGACGGGGAGGACGAGCAGCAGGUUCCCAAGGGCCCCAUCCAUUCUCCAGUGGAACUGAAACGUGGGCACGCGACCGUGGUGAAAGUCCCCGAGGUGAAUUCCUCGGCCUUGCCCCACAAGCUUCGGAUCAAAGCCAAAGCCAUGCAGAUCAAAGUGGAGGCCUUGGAUCAUGAUUUCGAGACCACGCAAAAACUUUCCUCGCCCGUCGACAGGACGUCGUCGAAAAGACAUUUUGAACUUGAAAAGCCUAGUCCCCGGAGUCUGGUACAUUCUUCCCUCACGCCUUUCUCAGUGCAAGUGACAAACAUUCAAGAUUGGUCCCUCAAAUCGGAACACUGGCAUCCGAAAGAACUGAGUGGCAAAGCUCAGAAUGGUUUCAAAACUGGAGUGGUGGAAAUCAAAGACAGUGGCUACAAAGUCUCCGAUGCGGAGAAUUUGUACUUGAAGCAGGGGAUAGCAAACUUAUCUGCAGAGGUGGUCUCACUUAAGAGACUCAUAGCCACACAACCCAUCUCUGCUUCAGACUCCGGGUAAAUCACUACUGACUGAGAACUGGACGUUGAGGAAGCCGUCAUUUGCCAAAGAUGGCUACGUUUUUGUAUGAUGCUGAGUUUUCACUGGACCCAUGUUGUCAUUUCACUGUCGUGUGCACAUGUCGUCUGUCGAGUGUCUUUGUGUGCACAAACUAUGAUGAAGAUGAGGUUAUGUCCUCACCCUUCCCUGUGUGUAGUCACAUAGUCCACACGCAGGCUGUACAUAUCGGACAUUAUUUUUGUUGUUCUGUUAUAAAGCGUGUAAGUUGCCAGUUUCAAUAAAGGAUUGGUGACAACACAGA